AAGAAAAAAAAAAAAAACUGGAAUAAGUACCAUGAGGCGGCGAGGAAGCCAAGCCAGUCGUGCAUCAGCCGCCGUACAGACACCACCACCAUGCGCGCCUCUCUCGUCCUCCUCGCCGGCGUCGUCCUCCUCGCCCUCCUGUGCGGGACCGAGGCUCACAAGUGCGAGGAUUGCAGCACCGUCUCCUGUCCGAGCACAGCCGACUGCACCCACGGCACCCAGCGUGAACACUGCAACUGCUGCGAUGUCUGCUUGAGGGCUGCCGGCGAGAAAUGUGACGGUCACGAGCAUAUGGACGGCAUUUGCAUUGAGCCUCUGAAAUGCAAGAAAAACAUUUGUACAUAAAACUUCUACGCUCUUGAUCUUUCUGUACAGUUAAAAGAAUGAUGAAAAAGGAGUCGAAAUAUUUCAGUGCUGUAUCCUACUUUUCAACAUCUCAGUGGAGAAUUAAAUGCCUUGUUGUGAUAAGCAAGAUGGAAAAAGUACUGUACAAUGAAAUACAAGAAUUACAUAAAUGGCAA